UGCUACAACAUUAACGCAUUCAAAUACCCCUUUUAAAACUUACACACAACCAUGUCAACAAGAGUAGCCAAAAUUACAAGUCUUAUCCUUGUGUCAUGGCUUUUCAUGGCCAUAACAAUUUUAGCUCAAUCCGAAAAUGUUAAAGUUCUUGACACAAAAGGGCACCCUAUUGAGCGUGGCAAAGAGUAUUACAUUAAACCAGCUAUAACCGAUAGUGGAGGCCGUUUCACUUUGAUAAAUAGAAAUGGUUCAUGCCCUUUAUAUGUUGGUCAAGAAAACACUGACCUUGGAAAAGGGUUACCCGUUAUUUUCACACCUUUUGCAAAAGAGGAUAAAGUUGUUAGAGUGGAUAGAGACUUUAAGGUAAAAUUUUCAGCUUUUUCAACUUGUGUACAAUCUACGGAGUGGAAAUUGGGUGAUAGGGAUACUAAGAGUGGUAGGAGGGUAAUUGUAACGGGUUCUAGUGGUAGUUAUUUUAGAAUUGUGAAGACACAAUUUGAAGGGAUUUAUAAUAUUAGGUUUUGUCCUACUGAUGUGUGUUCCUUUUGUAAGUAUGAUUGUGGUACUAUUGGUGGUUUGCGUGAGAAUGGGAAGAUUUUAUUGGCUUUGGAUGGGAAUGUACUCCCUCUUGUGUUUGAGAGAGUAUAAUGUGUUUGAAGGAGAAGAAACAUAGACAAAUAGUUGAAAGUUAUUUAAAAUAUCAACCGCGAUUAAUGUUGUUAUCUAGAAGUAGAAGUUCACAAUCUUUUAUGUCCUUACAAAUGAUUUAGUGACAUAAUUUGUGACAGUUUGACAAUAAUGUAGAAAAUAAAUAUAAGUUAAGUUUUAAAGUUAUCGUUUCACCCGUUAUGAUAAUGAAGAUUGUAAACUUCUACUUCAAUAAUCAAUAUCAUUUAAAGUUGAUGUUUCAGAUAAUUUUCAAGUGAUUGGGUCCAUCUACUGUUUGGAAGCAUAUAAUUUGUUAUGUUUGUAACUUUUAUUUAAGUUUGUCUUUGUGAUGUAUAACUUAUAGCUUUGUUAUUGUGACUCUUUGCUAAUAAUUGGAGCUCCUAUAUAUGACCCAUAUAAAUAAGUUGGAGGAUAGAAAAGUGCAUGUAUCUUUUCUUCCUUUUUUUAAUUAGCUCCAAAAUGUAUUGGGUAAUAAAAUUAUGGAUUUUAUUUUCUAUGUUAAA